AUGGUCUCACACAGACAAGCCGAUAGUUUCGGCUCUGCUGGCGAACAUAAUGCAGAACUGACCGAAGAGUUGCGGAACAAACUGACAGAGGCUGCUAUAAAAUGUUCAGAACGCUGCUUAUAUCAAUCCGCAAAAUGGGCAGCCGAGUUAUUGACCUCCCUCCCUGAAGAAAAUGACCCUGACGAUGAUGACUCUCAAAUGCAUGAUACGAGUAAUGUCCAACCCUCCUACCGAAUAUUCACAACGAGUCAUGACGAUCCCGAAGAGGCGGCCCUGGAGGCCAAAGAAGCACCCAAAUAUCUUCUAGCAAAGGCAUUCUUUGACACCAAAGAGUUUGACAGAUGUGCCGCGGUAUUCCUUCCUCCCGCCAUCCCAGCUGGAGGCCUGGCAAUAUUUGAAAAACCUAAAGGGCGAACGCCGACAUCAACACCAUCACGACCAAAGGGAAAAUCAAAACAGAACGAGGCAAACGUUCUGAAUCCAUUCCCACGUCUCAGUCAGAAAUCACUGUUCUUAUCUCUGUAUGCACGAUACCUCGCAGGAGAAAAGAGGAAAGAGGAGGAGACUGAAAUGGUGUUGGGCCCUUCUGAUGGUGGACAGACGUCGAAUCGUGAAUUGGCAGCACUGGCACGUGGAUUAGAAUCAUAUUUCCAGUCCCGGGAUGCCCAAGAUCCCAAGCUCAAGAAUUCCCAAGGAUGGUUGGAGUAUCUCUAUGGUGUGGUCUUAGCCAAGUCACGUCAGGAGGUACUGGCUCAGCAGUGGUUGCUUCGUUCUGUUCGUCUCAAUCCCUACCACUGGGGAGCAUGGGAAGAGCUUUCUUCACUCCUCAGCUCGAUUGAUGAUCUUAAUGCACAAGCCUUGCCACAGCAUAUCAUGGCUAUCAUGUAUCACACGCAUGCCAGCGUUGACCUAUUCUCAACAUCUGAUCAGGCCAUGACUUUUGAGCAUCUGAAGGUCUUGUUGAACUACUUUCCCAACUCGACGUUCCUCCUUACCGAACUUGCGCUUUCAUACUACCACAGCAAGGAUUACGAAACAUCUGCGUCCAUUUUUCAAGAAUUACUUACCGCUCACCCACAUCGCCUCGAUGGGCUCGAUCACUACUCCAAUAUCCUCUAUGUCAUGGCCGACAGACCCAAAUUGGCAUUUCUCGCUCACCUGGCCACUUCGGUGGACAAGUUUCGCCCUGAGACCUGCUGUGUAGUCGGCAAUUAUUACUCCCUAUGCUCUCAGCACGAAAAAGCAGUAAUGUACUUUCGCCGGGCAUUGACUCUGGAUCGGAAUUUCCUCUCUGCGUGGACAUUAAUGGGCCACGAGUAUAUCGAACUGAAGAAUACCCACGCAGCUAUAGAAUCUUAUCGACGUGCUGUUGAUGUCAAUCGCAAAGAUUAUCGAGCGUGGUAUGGAUUGGGUCAAGCCUACGAAGUCCUUGACAUGAGCUUCUAUGCACUCUUCUAUUAUCAACGGGCGGCAGGAUUGAGACCUUAUGAUCCCAAGAUGUGGCAAGCCGUAGGCUCAUGCUACACGAAGAUGGAUCGACUAGAGCAGGCUAUUAAAGCGCUCAAGCGUGCACUCGCUGCUGGUGCUUACUUUGAGAAUGAAGAAUCUCCUCAGCCCUCUUUCAAUGCCAGCAGUAGCACAACAACCAGAUCAAAGUCAACGAACACAACCAAAUCGCGGAAACUCCUUGACCCUGAAACUCUCUUCCAAAUUGCUCUGCUCCACGAGCGCACCAAUAAUGAAGCCGAAGCAGCACGUUAUAUGGAGUUAUGUGUCGCGCAAGAAACGGGUGGCAGUGCCACGAGCGUUGAGAAAGCCAGAAGGAAGCACGCCCGCAGAGAGGCACGUAAGACUGCAAUUGCUACAGAGAGACGAGAGCGUCUAGCUGCGAUGCGAGCUGAAAGUGGAGGUAAUCAAUUCGAUGCCCCCGACUUGGAACUCGAAGCUGCCACCCUCGGCGACGGAGACGAUGAUACCGAAAUACUAUCAUCGCCCACGGAUGCGGAAGAUGACGACCAUGGUGGUGGUGGUGCAGAUGCUGAGACCAGUGCACUGGGUGGUGAAGAGGGCGAAGGUCAAGGUUUCGGUACGGGCACUACAGCAACGACAUCGAAAGCUCGGCUUUGGCUCGCAAGAUGGAGUGUCAAGACGGGCGACUUGGAUCGCGCAGAACAUCUGGCAGAGGAACUUUGCAUGGAUGGCUACGAAGUUGAAGAAGCAAAAGCCUUGGUCAGAGAGGUUCGAGGACGCAGAGAGGCUGGCACGGGUGCUGGUAAUGGGACUAAUGGGGCAAUGAGUAGGAAAGCCAAGAGUGCAACAAUCAGUGAUUUUGGUAGUCCUUCUUGA